GUUAGCGAUGAGUUAUAUAGUUUAUUCAGUACGCCAUAUCAAUAGCAAGAGUCUUAGACAAAUCACUCCUCUGUCUUAUCCUGGCGAAAUUCUUUUAAGACGACGCCUUCUUUCACUAUUGAAGUUUAAAGCUUGCAGUAGUCCUGAAAGGAACAAAAAUUUCACCAGAAGGAGCAAGCACCGUCUUACACUAGCAUUGCUAGAGCAUUGUAGAAUAAACUGCUCGCAGUCAAAUGUGACGUUGAAAGCAUUGUCUGAGUCGUUCUCUCACGGGUCAUUUCAAUGCGAUAUAGCUAUACGGUUCCUCUAACUAUUGAGAAGUUAUUUCAAAGGUGCGAAACACCGUGCAGUAAGCGUGACUGGGCAGUCAUUUCUUAAGAACGAAGCAAUUUUUGGCUUUGUAGAGCUAUCUUCGUAGGAGCAAUGAGAGAAAAUUUCCCCUCAAGAAACUCGUGCCACUCUAUUCUGUGAGAUUUGCUGUAAAGUUUAUGCUUCAUUUUCCAAGCUUUUUACUCUUAUUAUAACGUAUGGUACCUUCAUUCUGCCUUUCCUAGUUCGGGUGUCAAGAAUCUUCCCAAUAAAGAAAGGGUUCACGCUGUUACAUAUCCUUCUUUAAUAAGGGCAAACACACAGCCUAGAGACUUCUAAGUAAUUUUUGGUUUCCUUGAGGGGAGUAGGAGACCUUCUAUAUAGAUGACAAGAACUCAAUGAGCAUUCAGACUUGUUCCAUUCAACACGAAAGAAAGCAAUGAAGGAUUCCGAAACGAAGCCAUUGGAAAAAUUUUGGGAAAAUUGAACUCCUUGAAGUUGAUUCCCUUAGUGCAAGCAGUCACCAAUAUAAGCUAUCAAGAAUGUACCUGUUCGGUUUUUAUUUGAGCUAACAUUUUUAGAAGGUUUCCAAAUGGACCACAACUACUGCUCCGGAUAAAAACCUCAGAGCUGUU